GGAAUUUGCGGGCGUCACACCGACACUCAAGACCAAUCAUAUGUAGCACUCCAAAUUUAGAAGCCUUGCCUCCGGGAAAUAAUUUACAAGACGAGGUGGACCCAAAUGAAUCAACUCAGGCAGUAGGAGGUGUAGGCGUACAAGAGUGCAUGGAAGUAGCAUAGGGUGGAGAGGGGAAUAUUAAUACAGAUCCACCUAUUCAGAAACAGGGUCGAGGGACUGUGCGGGGCACACUAUUUGAACGCCUCCGGAAGGUGGGUAAGGUUCUUUUGGAUAUAAAGGAUGGCCAUCGGGGUCCUUCGUGCGAGAAUGCCUCCAUCUUCACUGGUCGAGUUACAUGGAUCGUUAAAGUAUAUGCUGACAUGAGGCAUGAAAGUUGGAGUUACGUUCCUGAGGAGGAGAAACAAGAGCUGGUUGAUCGGGUUAGGGCUGAUUUUGUAUUGAAUUGGGUUAAAGACAACCAUCGGGAAAUGGUUGUGUUGCAUUUGUCCGACAAGUAUAAUGCAUAUCAGUAUGAACUGCACAAAAUCUACCAAAAAUAUGGAUCGCAUGAGGAGGCCAUGCGUGGUGGGACACCCAUGGUGGAGAAACUUGUUUGGGAGUUGCUUUGUGAGAGGUGGGCAAGCAAGACAUUCAAGGAAUAUAUGCCUUAAAUUUCAGCUUCAAGAAAAGUCACGAAGGAACAUGUCAAAUAGGCAAAAACUAAAGGUGAAUCAUACCGGCGGGAGGAAAUCCUUUGUAAGGAUUUUGGAAGAGAAGAAUAUCAUGGUGAAGAGAUUGAAUGAAAAAGAUCCCGAGGAGGACUAUGAUGAAGCGGCUGCUAACAUUUUCAAAGACGUGUUAGGGUUCAAAUCAGGGUACGCACAGGGGAUGGGGCACAUGGUCAUUUCUGACCCCUCUCCUUCAAUGAAGAAGAACAAAGCUUUAUGCAUCUAGCGGAGGAAAAUGAACGAAAUAAGAGUGACGCGGAAAUGUAUAAGGCCAAACUAGACCAGAUGAUGGCUGAUAUUGUGGCUUUGAGGAGGAAUUCUUCUGAAUACGAGAAAGAAAUGAACUUUCGAGUAUCGGAGUUGGAGCAAAAUACUGAGUCUCAUAGAGAGACUCAACAGGAUGCUUAGGUGUCCCAAGUCCAGUAUAAAUUUUUUGUGGACUUCUUUUGUGGAUGUUUUUUGUGGAUGAAAACAAUCCAAUGCCCAUUGGGGUUUGUAGAAAUGCUAAUAUUUUCCUAUUUGCAGUGAAUACAAGUUUUUGUUAGGUUGGGUAUGUUAGAACCAGUGCAGGCUAAUUAACAGGAGUUUUGGUCAUGCCUCUUUUUGCUAGCAUUUUGUAAUGGGAACAUGAUAUGUAAGUCACAUAAUUUUGAAUGUCUUGCUGCUU